AUGCCAUGCUCCGACUCUGAGCUAAGUGUUUUCCGGAUCGAGGCUUUUCUUUCGUCGGAACCUGGAUGCGUGGCGGUCGGUCCGGCGUUGAAUCCAAACGAACCGGUGGUGGAAAUCAGUGCUCCCAAAGUGGUGGGUUGCUGUUCAAACCUGGUCCUGGAAGGCGUUGCGAGCUACCCUUCGACAGGUUCGUCGAGAGCGUGGGUGGUCGUAUAUUGCAAUGUUGCGGAACUUGCGGUGUUUUCCAGGCCGCUGCUAAACACCGUUCAUCUCGUUACCUCACGACAGCGUGCCGCUGCCAAAGACUUUGUCGUCACGCUACCCAGCACUAGCUUGGAUGAAGGGUCUACGUACAUAUUCGGCCUGCGCGUCGAGUCAGCGCUUGGUGUUUCGGGAGAGGCCAGCAUCGAAGUUUUCAAGUCCGCUGAAGCACUUCCCGCUUUGAAGAUCGCCGGGUCGGCAUCGCGGAAGCAUUGGCGUGGUCUCCAGCUCACCAUCCGUACCGAGGUGUCCCUACCUCGAGUCGAAAACGGCAACAACACAUACGCUUGGACCGUGUUGUCGGAAUCCAGUGCGACGGCAGACUUUCCGCCCCUUGUCCUGACCAGCGGAAGAAAUCCCAGCGUUCUCACGCUUCCUCCAUACGCGCUGGGUUACGCCGGAAGUGCGUAUGUCUUUCGGGUGGAUUUGGCUGACGGUAUCCAGAGCGCUACGUCGGCUACCGCAACAGGUGUCCACUACCGUUUUGGUGUCAGUAUCUGGAAGGGAGAGCUCGAUACGGGGGACCUGAGUGAAGUCCGAAGCGACCAGGCGGCAUGCACAAUCUCUACUUUCGCAGAGAGUUUACCGAGCGUGUCCAUAUCUCCCAAGACCAUCCUACGCAAGUACAACCCUUCGGAAAAGAUAGUCCUCUACGCCUGUGCAUCGUCUUCUCCGGAGGGGCCAUGCGAUUCCUCGACGUCGUCCUCGUUCGAGCUGAUGUGGCGACAGCCACCACCCGCACCGACAAGCUACCUACACAUACCCCGCCGUUGCACGUUUCACCAGGAGAAUGGCAACCUCGAUCUCAGAAACGGGUGGAGCGAGGCAUUCAGCACACCUGUUAACGCUCGGACUCUCAUCAUCCGAAAAGGUGCCCUCGGCGCAGGGCAGGUUUACAGCUUCUCUCUCUCUGCAACGGAUGCAUCCGGGCUCGUCGGCUACGCAGAGUUUUCGUUCGAGACAAACGCCCCGCCUUCUGGGGGGCACUUGAAAUCGGAUCGAUUAUCUGCAACCGCUGGUGUGAAUCCGGUGGUACUCCAGACCUUGGGGUGGACGGACGAUAUUGACGAUCUUCCGCUCACGUACUCCUUUGGAUACAUCCAAGGGUACCACGAAGUGAUCACCAUCGCAAGCGAAUCGACGUUCGUGAACAAGCUGUCUUCGUCUCCGUCGGUCUCAACUACCCUCAGCACCAACGUUCCGGCUGGUAUAUCACGUAACGACUUCAACCUUACGAUUGUGGUGUCAGUAUCGGAUACGCUAGGAUCGAUGGCAGCAACAACCCUUGGAGAAGAUGGAGCACCGAUGAUAGUAAGAUCCGUUGCACCACAGGAGGCGUCUCUGCUGCCGUUGGCGUACAACCUGACGUGUUAUCCAGACGAGCCGUCGUGUCAGAACGUAUCUUUACCCUAUCCCGAAGACGCUCUACGAGACGCGCGUGUCGCGACGGCUCUGCUCCAACACGUGCCUCUCACAACGUUGGACGGUGUCGAAGCAAUGAGCUCCCUUCAGGAAAUCGGAUCAUCCGCGGAAUCAACCUUGUCUGAAGCACGUAGCGCCGCUGCAGACAUGCUGGAUAGAGUGGCCAACCACGGAGCAGUUCUUGACGAUGCCGCCGCCGUAUCAUUGGUGUCGGUGGCGUCUACGCUUUUCGAUGGACCGUCCUCCGCUUCUCCUACCACUUCCAGCGAGCGAGGAGCUUUCGCCGAGAAUGGGGACCAAUUAGCCCUCCUUGCCGACGUUGGUAACGCCCUGGCUCUCGAAUCCGAAGCGGAAGAGGAGCUGGAGGCGACGAGCGCGGGUUCUUUGGUCUUGCAGCCCGCCAAAGUUCAUUCGAUGGACAUGUCAGCGACAACUAUAUCUGUAGGACCAAACGGAACGCACAUCUCUUUCAGUUCAUGGGAUGCCGCCAUCGGUUUCGAUCAGGAGUUCGGUGGCGCGCGGACGUUUUCGGUGGCAGUCUUCAGCUCCACAGGCUCAGGUAAUAAGGUUUCCUGUCUUCUAAAGUGCUGGUGUAACGUAAACGUGACGCUAGAUCUAGCUAUAUCGACGACCUCAUUUCCUGCAGAAACGGAUCAGCUUGGAUUGAACUUUGGAAACACCAGGGAGCAAUCGCUCGUCAAGUACUUAUUAGGCCACCAGGACCCGGACGCCAUCGAUCUUGGAGCUGACAUCGAGAAAGAUGAUGUUGGUCACCUUGGUUGCGGCUACUGGUCGGAAGUGAGUGAUAGCUGGGAAACGGAUGGAGUGGUGCUCGGUUCGCUGGGAUGGGAUCCGGACUCAACCGCUGCCGUUAUCCAAUGCGCAACGUACCAUCUCACGGCGUUCACUAGCCGGAUGGACUCGACGACCCCGCAAUGGAAUACGCUCGAUCUACUUACUGACUUCACUGUCCUGGCACAGGCCGCCCGUCAAGCGUUGAUAGAAGACCGGGCCCGUGAGAGAGACGGCAACGUCUUCCACCACAUGCCCUUGGUCUUCAAGAGCGAGAAGAACAUGAGCAAGGUAGCGGCUGAGAGUGUCCUGUUUAACCACUCUUGGCGGCAUCUCAGCGAAUCUCCGACGGCCCACUUCAGCAAGACGCUACUCACAAGGUCUCAGCACCUUGUCCUUCUACUGGCUGACUGGAUGAGCGCCAUUCUGCUGCAGGCUAUUUUCUAUGGAAAAAGCCAGUUUGGCGUGAGGCAAAAGGUGGAAAUGACGGUAGUUAGCGCGCUGUUGAUGCUCCCGACCGGCGUGAUAUUUCCAGCUCUGCUACGGGCUGGCAAUACCCCACCCGCAUCACAAACGCUAAAGAGGGUUGCAGUCCGACAGGAGGAACCAGCGGGCCCCAACCAUGACCUCUACGAUGAGCUCCAACGAAAACAGGAGGAGCGCGUUAACGAUUUUCGGAUAGCUCUCCAAGACGGUGAGCGGUCUCCGUCGAUACGUGCCAGCAAGUUUCGGCACAGCCUGCAUCGCACCCCACGCUCUAACGCGCGGGGGCAGAUACAUCGAGGUGGCUUCAGCGCCCCUCGAGACAGCCCUCCGCGCAAGACAGCACCCACCAGGUUUUCACGUUCAAUGUCCACCAGUGAUUUGAAGCCGACUGGCUUGUCUAAUACCUUCAGGGACGUUGUGGCGAUGCAGAAAACGCUGCUUCUGGUCUACCUCCCGCUUCCCAUGUUGCUGGCGAUGCUCGUAUCUGAGCUUUUGUUCACUCCCCAACGCUUGCGUCUUCCGUGCUGCAUGCCCGUACAGCAACAAGGACAUGGGCACGAUGUGACAGUCGGCGACCUUGCGCGAAACAAAUGUAAUCGAAGUGCCCUGGUGAGUUGGAAGACUUCUCAAAAUGAUUUCUGCUCAUGCUCAGCUGGUUUCACCUCGAGCUCUGAAAUGAAACGCCGAUACCGUGUUCUGUGCAAAUGGCAGGUGCUAAGAAUUUCGGGGGAAGCCGAAGCAGCCGGGGGAGACGAGCACGCGUUCUUGCACAACAUGGUCACAUCUCUUAGCGUGGCGUGUUCUGUGUUAUGUGCGUUGUCAGCCUUUGCUGUCGUGAGUCGCAGCGCUCGCAUCAUGGUACAGACGACGACUUUCCAGGCGGUCGUCGCCCCGGGUCUGGCGUUGUGCGGAGUUCUCUUGUACAGUUCGAGUGCUUCCAUUGCGGCGGGGGCUGUUCUUGGUGCGGCUGUGGCGCUGGUCGGUUCGUAUUUGGUCGGAGUUCAACGAAAAUGUGAAGACAUUCUGAACGAAUUGAUCGAGGGCGAUCUGGUCGCCGCGUGGUCGCAGCCCACCAGGGAAAUGCACAAGGCCGCAGAAAUUGUCCAGCGUUGCUACAGAAUUCAUCAUGCUUCCGUGAGGAUGACCCGAGCACUAGAGUUCCACACAUGGUUGCAUGGCUGUCGUCGGCAACGACGUGGGAUGCAAGUGCUUGCGAGUGGGGCGCUAUACAUAACCAUCCUGUGUCUAAUCUACACCAACAUGGUCUUCGCCAUCAAGUUUGAUCGGUGA